CUGAGCUCCAGGGGGAGUUGGAGGAUUCACAACUGAGCUUUAAGAAAUGGCAGUGAAGGCAGUGGUUCACCACUGCCAUGUGGGGAACUCCAGCUCCCACUACUUUCACCUGUGCCCAUUCCAGUGCUCUCUGCCAGUGCCCUUCCAUGAGCUGAUCCAACUUUCUAAGACCUGAGAAAAUCCUGAAAGCAAAGUAUCAGAAGUUACCCUCUGUUGAUCAAUGAGUUAAACUAAGCAAAGUCCCGGAUGAGCAGCAGGGAGGAAAGGCAGGACCACAUGGCCAAGAGCAAAGGACGGAGGAGCUAGAGUGAUCUUCCCAGGAAUAUCUUCUUGGUGAAAAGCUCCCUCAUGCAGCCCACUCAUGCCGACAAGAAACAGGAGGAAUACACAGUUCAAGUGGACCCUCAGACAUUCUGAUAAAGCAGCUGCCUGCAAACAGCAUUUGUGACCAUGACUGAUCUGCCUUGCAAAUGUAUGUUGAAGAGUCUCAAUCACUGGAUUAUAUGGUCCAGAAAUAAAUGAAUCACAGCCAUGAGGAAACUAUGAAGCAAAUCAGUGUGGUGAACCUUGAUAAACUUCUAGAUAAUUUCUCAGAGAUAGAAAAGAAAAUAUCAGAAAUUAAUGAAGCAAAUAAUGUACUGGUUCUUCAGCUGGAAAAAUGUAACAGAUUGUUAACAUUAAGCCAAUCAAAGGAGGAAUCAGUAAAAGAAGAAUGUACUGCUCUACAGAAUGUGAUAAAGGGUCUUACACAAACCAUUGAAAACCAGUGUAACGUGAAAGAUGAAAAUGAUAGACUGAAGGGUACCAUUCACAUCUUGGAAGAGAAAUUAAAGGCUUGUGAACAGGAAUAUAAAGAUCAGAUUGAGAAACUUAUGAUAGAAAUUAAAAACAAAGAGGAAGACCACAAAUCAGAAAUAACACAGUUGAAUUGCAAUAUAAGAAAAAAAUUUGAAAUAAAAGAAGUGGAGUGUAGAGAACAGAGAGAGAAAAAAGAACUGGAAAUACUAGAGCUAACUAGACAGCUGAAAAUUCAAAAUGAAGAGAAGCAGAAUGAAAUAAUUAAACUGCAGAUAGAGUUCAAUGCUAAAUUAGCAAGAGUUCAGAAUAAAACAACAAAAUCAUUUUCAGAUGCUUCUGUCUUGCCACAAAGUAUCUAUCGAAGGAAGCUGCAGCAUCUCCAGGAGGAGAAAAACAAGGAAAUUGAAAUUCUCCGAAACACCAUAAGAGACUUAGAGCAACGUCUUAAUAAAGGCCAAGACAUGCACUUCAAACGGAGGCGAUUUUGAGUAAAUGACAUGAAGUAUUUCAGUAGUACAUACCACGAGAAAUAGAAACAGUAUAUUUCAAACUGUGCACCUGAAAGUAAAAGCAAGAUAUGAAGAAAUAUGGAGUAUUUUUUAUUGAAAACGCUCUUGUCAAAUAUUCCAAAGGCAUGUGUUCUAUGUAUAUUCACGCUACUUUCUUGCUAAUCAGCAUUCACGAUAAAAAGAUUCAGGUUUUGUAGGAGUAAUAAUUUCCCUAUUAAACCAUCAUUAAUUAUGGUGCACACUUUCAAAGCAGUUUUCCUUUCUUGAAUAUUCUCUUCUUCACCCA